CUGUCUAUUUUUAUUCUCUCUUCAGAACGCGAGUGUGUGAAAAGUGCACUUUUCCAGGUGAAAUUACAGAAAUAGUGAAUCAGUCUCAGUGUGAAAAGCUGCCCACACGUGAGGAGCAUAUGACGUAGAAGACAAUAGCUCAAUGGAUCAGCCAAAUCACUCUGUGGGCCGCAAUCGUGGGCGAUUACACCAUCGCAAAGAUGAAUCCUCAAACUUCAGACGGGCCGGAAGUGAUUAUUUCCCGGAGAAGGAAGGCAAUGAGAGGAGUUCCCACGGUGGCGGCAGACGGAAUAGGAAGCCAGAGCAGCAAUUUUAUAUUCCAAAGCAGCAGCAAGAGCAGUUCCGAGGCGAUUUUCGCGAUGACCCGACGGAUUCGAUGGGUGACGGAAGGAAAACUCCCACGCCUAGAGGGGAUUUCCAGGACGAAGGUGAACCGAGGGGAAAACAGAACUCUCAGCGAGGGAAUUUCCAGCGAAACCACCAACGCCAGAGUGGUUCCAGUAGUGGAAACUCCAAUCCUGGAUACAAUCGUGGUGGGAAAGUUCAGGAAAACUACGGAAGCAAUCAGCGUCAAGUUCGUCAAGCGUCAGAACCUCGAGUUGUUCCGCAGUCACUGCCAAAUUACUACCAUGGCGCCAAAGAGAGAGAUACGCGCAGUGUGGAGCCCAAUUUGGCGGUGAGAGAGCCCAAUAAGAAACCUCCGUCUGGUAGGAGAAAUUCUGCGGCGGCCGAAAAGGCUCCUAUAGGACCUAUUACGCGACUGCCGCCUAAUAUAGAGUCUCUGCCGCCGCGGUUUCAGAAGAAAUACCUACAGGAGAAUGGUCUACCUCUAGAUCUGCUCAAUCCAGCUCCGCCUACGCAUGCCAACCCUCCGCCUGAGACUAAUGACUGGGAUGGGCGAUCAAUUGUGUUCUGCGGUGGCAAUCAUCAGACUCCGAAUGCUUCCAACUGGUCUCAGACGCUCCCCAUGCCGCCGCGGGGAGGCAGAGGCCGUCAGAGGAAGGAUUCCGACGUGACUCUGGACAACACUCGCUCAAGAAGUCGCAGCUCAGAAGUGACUCGUGGCAAGCCAAAGCUAAGCGACAGACUGAAUCAAAGGACUUUCGAAAGGGAUGAGGAGAGAAAUCACGGUCGUCGGUGGGGAAAUGAGGAAAGUGAACAGCGUGCGCAGCGAUUUCCGCAGAGACAAAUCGAGGAACCGCGAUCGCCGGUGAGGAAUCGUCAUGGAAGAAUGGGUGGAAAGGGACACGGAAGGGAGAAUGUGGAGAAGAUCGUGGAGGAGCCGAAAAAGAAGCCUGAACCUCUAAUGUCAUUCAAUACAACGGCAAUUCCGCAAUUGGAUUGGGCGACUGAAAUGGAGAAUGUGGAGAAUGCAAAGAUGCAGAAUGCACAAGCUCCGCAAGAGCAACAAUUGAAGCCUAACAAGCGUCGCGGCAGAAAAGGUGGUGGUCGCAAGAAAAAGAGUAAAUUAGCCAAUACGAGAAACUCUGGCAAUGUAGCGCCGAAGGAACAGGACACCUUUAGCAAUCAGCAACAACCUGUGUUCAAGGUGCCAACGUAUACCAACCGACGAAACAGUCAGGGCUCGGUGUCGGGAAGUCGAGAGACGAGCCAGGAGCGGGGAUAUCGCCAGCGAUCGCAUUACAACAGAUCGCGAAAGAAUAGCUAUGACAGUGUGUCGCGAGAGGCGAGCACAGAGCGAGCUGGUGGGCGUGAAGGCUCGCGAAAUCGCAGUAAGAACAGGAGGAAGAACAGGAAUUCCUGGUCCAGCCGAGAUAACAGUGCAGAGGCGCAUUUCAUGAGGACAUCGCAGGAGAGUUUGCACAGCAUUCGUGAUCCGACAAAUUGGCGUCGAGAAAUCAACUUGGAUGAUGAAUUUAAGAAUAUCUCUAAUCAAAUAAGCACACUCAAUAUUGAUAGUGAGAAAACGUCGAAGCCGGGAAUGAUUAUCUUGCCACAGGGUGGAAAGAGAGAGACUCCACGGAGUGCAGCACAGCCAAAAACACUGUUCGAUCCUAAGAAUCCCAAUCAACCGAUCGUGGUGACGGCAAGUCAGGGGAGAAAUUACACUCCACCAGAUGCAAUAAAUCACACAGCGGACAAUUAUUCCGUCCUGGAUGCGUGCCAAUAUGCAGGUGAUAAGUUCUACACUAGCAAUGCCUAUCCUGUGUGGUAUGAUCCCACAUCUGAGGUGUAUAGACAAGUGCACAAUUAUGAUUUGAUCGAUACUCUCGUGCAAACUGACCAGCAAAUUCAGGAGCUUAUGGUGAAUGGGGUGCUGUUCAAGGAAUGGGAAACAUUUACACUCAAUCGAUUAUGCCUGAAGCAGCUUCUCGAAGAAUUUCUCACUCGUGAACUGAAGUUCUGUCAACAGUGCAAUGUUGAGCAACAUAUUUGGAAAUUGCUGUACUACAAUACCAUUGAGAUGCUGAGGAAAUUCCAUGCUGAGGACACAAGUGAGGCUGGAAGGGCGUUCUACAAGGGGAAAUGUCUUGAGUUGAUUAACGAGGGGAGUGGAUUUUUUGAGAAAUUGCUUCGCACCCUAGAGCAGAAGUAUAACUUUCUUGUGGAUAACUUUGUGGGUGUGAAUGCUGGCGCUAUGUCGAAGGGACUCAAGAUGGUUAGUUUGGCGCUUGUGUCGGCGCAAAAGCUUCUGCUCUACCUGGGCGAUUUGGCGCGAUAUCGGGAGCAGAUUCUGGAGACCAGUGGCUAUGGACAGGCUCGUCAGUGGUACAUGAAGGCGCAGCAGAUUAUGCCAAGCAAUGGAAGGCCGUACAAUCAACUAGCAGUGCUUUCCAUCUACUCGAAGCGAAAAGUGGAUGCUGUGUAUUACUAUAUGAGGAGCCUGAUGUCAUCAAAUCCAUUCAAGUCUGCUAGAGAGAGUCUCCUGGCGCUAUUUGAUGAGACACGAAAGAAGUAUGAGAAUAGCCAGAAGAAGCGGGAGGAGAAGAAUCGUCUGAGGCUAAAGGAGAAGGAGCAUCGAUUUGGUGGGCCGCUGAGGCGUGAAACUUGGGUGCAUCCUGAGGGUGGUCGAAGAAUCCAUCGGACUUCUCCUCUUGAUCCGGCCGCCAAUCGCAGUGGUGACACGAGUGAAGAGGAGGAACUCGAGAAUUUGGAGUCCAUUGAGCUGAAUAAGCGAUUCAUUACGAGUUACUUGCAUGUCCAUGGCAAAUUGAUUACGAAGAUCGGCAUGGAAUCUUUCACUCAAUGCGCUGUCCAAAUGCUAAGAGAAUUUCGGGCUCUUUUCCGGAUCUCACCAAUUCCCAUCACAUCGUUGCGUCUUUUGCAACUGGCAGCACUCAAUAUGUUUGCCAUCGACUGUACUCAGCUCAGAGAUCCAUCAAUAGCGCCCGGAGGACGAUCUGAAAUACAAGAGUGUGCAAUUUCAAUUGCUCUGAUAAUGUUUGGUAUAAUGCUUGAACGUUUCGUGACGAUAAUCAGGGAGACUCUAUCACCGGGAUCGACACCGUGCACAACAAGUGGGAGUCGUCAAGUGUUUGGACCAGUAAUUACUCUUGAUGGGGAGAAUAUUCUUCCCACGGCGACGGGAAAGAGCAACAGUAUCAAGAAUGAGCAUGGAGAAGCAUGGAGAGCGAUGACGACGAAAGAGUGUGAGAACAGUAAGAAUGGCAAGAAGCUUUUAGUGCUAAACGAGGAUGCUCGCGUUAUGCUGCCGUCGAUUAAGGUUUGGUGUGACUGGUUGCUGUGUCAUCACAUCGUAUGGAAUCCGCCACCCACUUGUUCUGACUACAAACUUGGUUCCAGCACAAGUCACGAUCCGUGGUCGAAAUUGGCCUCUUUGGUGAUGAUCCUCGAGGAUGUAGACAUUAAUCGUGAUAUUCUAUCCACCGAGAGAAAAACCGAUUACGAGAUUGUGCGUCUGCAGGAAGAUAUAGCUUUAGCCGGUUUCACACCACUCAUCUACGAUGCUCCUGAGGAGAUUUUUUGUCACAGGGACAAUGAUAUUGAAUCAGCUCAGAAUGCCUUGCGUUUGCAGAAGAUUUUAUUUGUUGGCACAGAUUAUUUGUGCUCUUGCGAACCGCCCGUGCUGAAAAAAGUCACUUGCGAAGAUGGCACGACUGAAUACAUAAGUGUGGUGCAGAAUAGAACAGACGAGUCCGAUUCAGAGAUGCUGGUUGAGAGCUUCAGCGACGAGGAUGAUAAUGAGACGCACACGGGCGACAAUCAGGCGAAGGUGGAAGUGUGUGAUGCUGAGAAGACUUGUUCAAAUGAUGUGACGAUGAUGGGUGAUAAGGAGGAGUUCAGUGUUGGCAGCAAAUUGGACAGUCUGCCGAAUUGUGCAGACAACGCAGCUGAGAUAAGGAGCCUGUUGCGUCGCAAGGAUGAAUUGGAGCGUAGUCAGAAGAUGCAGGAGCGACACAAUCAGAGAUUACAGGACAUUUUGCGGCAAAGCACAGUGUCUGUGCACAUUGAGGUGCGUCCCAAGUUCCUAAUUCCCGACACCAAUUGCUUCAUAGACUUCCUUGAGCAACUGCAGGCGAUCGCGAAUGCACAUCCACUGUAUCAGCUGAUGGUGCCUCUUGUUGUGCUGAAUGAGCUGGAGGGAUUAUCGCGGGGACUCAAGGGCAGCGCGGCGGCCAAGAGUGGCUCAAAUAUUCAAAGUGGCAACAAUUUGCUAACGGUUAACACACCGCUGGCACCGACACUCACCAUCUUCCCAUCCACCUCGGUGUCGGUGAGCGGCAAGUCCGAUCCCAAGCAUGUGGCCAUGGUGGCGGAAGCGUCGAAAAAUGCCCUCAUGUUUCUCAAGUCGAAAAAUCCAGCCGUGAAGUGCGUUACAACAAAGGGUUCAGUUCUCAAUUCAUCUGUGUUCACCGUGGAGGAUGACAAUAGUGAACCACUGUCCAAUGACGAUAAAAUCCUAGCGACUGCUGUGCAUUUGUGCAAGAACAAUAUUGACGAGGACAGAGAUGGCACACGAUACAUAGUGAGAGAAGUUGUUCUGCUGACAACUGAUAGAAAUUUGCGCGUAAAAUCACUGUCACGAGAUGUACCUGUCAGGGAAUUGCCUGAUUUUAUCAAAUGGGCUGGACUGGGACCCUGAUUUCUUUGUUGAUGAUGUUGAUCAGAGUAAGCGAGAUCUCGUGUGCAAAAGUAGAUCUUAAAUUGUGUUGAUGUUUCUGAUCACUGGCCACGAUAAUUGGGGUGAUCACUAGCUGUGCGAGAAGAGAGACACUGUUCAGGAUGGUGUGUGGAGAAGGCACGAGAAUAUUUAAGGAAGUAUAAGUAUUUGUGACGUGAAGUUGUUGUGCUAUUUUUUACGAUAGAGAGAAGGAUAUAAAAAAACACACUCUUACACCACUGAAAGUCUCUGUUUAAUGAUCGAGAGGUUGGAUAAAACAAAAAAAAGAAGGCGAUGCUGAACAGAAUAGAAGUACUGGUUUAAACUAUUGCAAUUAGCCAAGUGGUACUUAGUGAAAAAAUAAUAAUUAUACGAUAAGUUCCCAUAUUCUUGCUGCACAGAUGAGAAGUGAAUGUUAAUAUUUGAUAAAUGUGUAUUCCCUGAGUGUUAUUGAGAUUGUACGCUAUAUUUUACAACUUCUUAAUUACUUUAUUGGAUUUAAUUUUAGAACAUCUAUUGUACGUGAAUACCAUAGACUAGUUUAUUGGCCAAAUCGGCACCUUUUUGCCCGCCCUAAUCACCCCCUUGGGAAUGAAUCUUCGCUGUCUUUUUGCAGGAAUUGUCGCUGAGAGCGUUUGUUUUUUACUUUUCCAAUUAUCUCAGCAUCUUUGCAUUAAUGAAAAUUGUUUUACAGUGAUUAUCCUUUCAUAAAUGAUAACUGAUUCUUUAGCAUUAAGAGUAGUUGAAAAGGAGAUCAUCUGGGUGGAAUAUCAUGUAAGAUUGAGAGAAUUACAAACAAUUAAGUGAGAGACUUGUACAUUUGCAGAAAGAGAGAAUAAAUUGUAUUUUAUUAGACCAAUAAUAA